AUGAGUGGGAAGGUUUCCGUCGCCGUGUCGAGCCUCCUGCUUGUCUUAGCCUGGAGACCGGGUCAAGCCAUGGAGUGUCCUGCCAUUCCUAUACCACUGGCCGAGGCAAUAAUGGAAGUCCACACAUGUCUGACGGCAAUGAGCAGGCCCAUCAAGUCCAGCGAAUAUGAUGCGGUUCAGGGUUUCUUGAUGGACUGCGCGGAAAAGACGCAGCAGGGCACAUCGAACCCGCUUGUGUUCAUGAUGCUCGCCUGCUCCGACGCAAACUACCUCGACAAGACUGCUUACUGCAUGUUCGACCAAGAACAGGCAAUAUUUAAAAAGUUAAACCUCGAUCCAAAUGAACAGAAAGUUGCCGACAAGAUAUUUAAAUGCCUGAAAGAGAUGCACGCGCAGCUGGUGCAGAAGAGGAGCAAGGCGUGA